GCGCGUGUCGUCAGCGAGCUGCGCGCGGUGGGCAUCCACGUCGCCGCCAGGCUGUCUCUCCUGCUGGCCGACGCGCCGGCGGCGGCUGUGGCGCUCGAGAGCCGCCUGGCCCAGGCCGCCAAGGCGCGGCCGGUGGGUGCCGCCCGCGACCCUUGUGUGGAUUUCGCCCUGGCCGGACGGGCGCCCGGGCUCGUCCGUCGGCGCCGCCUCAGGCAGGCCGCGAGGCGGGCCCCGCGCCUCAGGCGGCUCUUGGGCCCAGGGCGGCGCCGCCAUGCCGCGGCAGGGACUUUCAAGCAGGGGGUCGAGGCUAGCUUUUCCUACGGCGUCUGCUGCGCGGGGCUCAGCGACACCGACCUCGACGCCGCGCGCGAUGGCGUUCAGAUCAGUCGAGAUCAGGCCCUGGACAAGGCCUUCGCGGCGGCUCUGGCCGCGUCGGGCAGCUGGGCCGACUGCCGCGGCCCCGUGGAGGCCGCUCUCCUGUCCAUGCGCCGCAUGGGCUGGGAGGAGCUGCUCGGCCGCAGCUGCGAGCACUGGCAGGCCGAGCAGCUCAGCAAGCGCGGCGUCUCCUGGCUCGACGUCGGCAUCGAUUUCGGCCAGCUUCGGCGAUGGGCGGCCAGCGGCCGCGGUACCUCCCGCGAAGCGCGGAGCUGGCCCAGCCUCAGCAGCGAGCAGCGCGGCUACCUCAGGUCCUGCAUCGUCGACGGCCAGUGGACCAACGCCAGGAAGUACGGCAACAAUCCGAGGUGCGCCCCCUCGGACACCUGCGAGCUCUGCCCCAACCACGUCGGCGACCUCUGGCACAGGCACCUCUGCUGCAGCGCCAUCCAGCACCACGGCCUCAGCCUCCCGAGCGAGGUCGCCCUGCUGCUGCCGCAGGAGGACAAUGCGGCUGUCAAGUGCCUUGCCGAGCGCGUCCCAGCCCAGCAGCUCCA